AUGGUGCUGACCAAUGGAAUGGUGACUCGACACAAUCGCAUGGCCAAUGCUGACUCGACUAGUGGCGUGGCGAACCGUGAUUGGAAGGUGUUAUGGAAUUUUCCUUUGCCGCCUAAGAUACGAAUGUUUUUAUGGCGACUGGGAAAAAACUCUAUCCCCACUAACGUUGAACUCUACAGAAGAAAGAUCGGAUUAUCACCUAGGUGUGCGCGAUGCCACAAGGAGGAGGAGGAGGAUGCACUACACAUAUUGACUACAUGUCAAGGUAUGGAAACCAUUUGGAGAUCCCCUCCAUUUGACAAAGUCUCUGGCCCGGUAAUCACGUGUGCAUGGCAGUGGAUUAUGAACUUAAGGGAACAAUUGUGCGAGGAGUUUUUCAUUUUGGCUAUGGUGGUCGCUUGGCAAGCUUGGGACAGACGCAAUAAGGAACUUAAAGGGGAGGAAAUAAUGGCGGUUGAGGCCCUGGUGGGCUGGUGCGGAAAUUAUGUGGCGAACUUCAAAUGUGCUCAACUUCGUCCGAAUCCAAGCUUACGUAGUGCCCACCCUACUGAAUGGAAACCACCAGAAAGGGACUUCGUUAAACUGAACUUCGAUGUUGCAACUAAAUCUGCUCCUGCCGGAAUUACAGUGGCAGCGGUUGCUAGAAAUGCGGAGGGUCGCAGCUUGGGAUGGAAGGUUUGUCAUAUUCAGGGCAAUCUUUUGCCGGUGGAAGGAGAAGCUUUAGCGGCGUUGCAUGCAAUCAACUUAGCUCAGGAUCGAAGUUGGCAAAGGAUUAGUAUCGAGGGAGAUUGUCUUCAAGUUAUUAAUGCACUGAGAAAUAGAAGUGGAGAGUCAUUAUCGUUCGGUGCUAUAGUCGAUGAAUGCUGUAGUAUCUCUAGGAAUUUUUUACAGUGUGAUUUUAGCUUUGUUAAGCGGUCGGGUAAUAGCUUAGCCCACGCGCUCGCUCAUGUUAUUUGUACUGACUCGUUAGAGGGAAUUGAUCUCCCCCUCCAUUUGGCAUCUACUGCCUAA